AUGAUUGUCAGCCCCUUCCGGCCUCGCACCACCCUCCUCGCAGCUGGCAUCCUCGCUCCGCUCGCGUACUUCCUCCUCUACCACCUCCGACCAGCGUGGCACAACGACGGCUUCGAUUUCCACCGUCUAGACUACCAUGACCUCGCCGACUACCCAUACCCCGCUGCCGACGCCUCGACCAAAGUCCAUCUCGUCGUCGCCUCCACGCAGGAGGACGACAUCGACUGGGUGUGGAACCUGAGAGUGCCCAAUAUGCAAGUCAUCCGCUACGUCAGCGACAAUGCCUCGGCCCACUACCAUCCGCCCGUCGCCAAGGGUCGCGAGGCACUGAUGUACUUCCGGUACAUCAGUGAAUUCUACGACGCGCUCCCAGACAUCUCCAUCUUCAUACACGCGCACGAGCGGCCCUGGCACAUGGAUCCCGCGCUGCACCAGUCCAUGACGUUCGCACUGUCGCGGCUGGACUUGCAGCAGGUGAAGCGGCGCGGAUACUACAACCUGCGGACGAACUGGCAGAACGCGUGUCCGGAUUGGAUCAACACGACCAAGACGGCCGCGGAAUCGGUCAAGCAGGAAGAGCCGUGGGUGAAGGGGGCCUUCCAGGCCACUUUCGGCGACGGAGUCGAGGUCCCUGAGAUCCUGGCUGGACCGUGCUGUUCGCAAUUCGCCGUGACGAGGGAAGCUAUCCGGAGCCGGCCGCGCGAACAGUACGAACGCGCUGAGCGGUGGCUCGUGGCCACGGGCUGGACCGAUUAUAUCGUCGGCCGGGUCUGGGAGCACCUGUGGCCCUAUCUGUUCAUGGGCAAGAGUGUGGACUGUGCCCUGGAGUAUCGGAGCUUUUGCAGAUUCUACGGCGUGUGCUUCGAGGGUCCGGAGCGGUUGGCAGAGUACAACGACGUGUGGGAUAAGAGGGAGCAAUGGAGAGAGAGCACCGAGUUUCUGAGGGAGGUCUGGAGGCCUGCGCGUGCGGGAUUGGCGAGGGCAGUGAUGGCUAAGUAUACGCUGUGGCUGGAGGAUACUUUGGCUGCGGCUGUGGAGAGAGGCAAGAGUAUGAGUUUGAGGGAGCAAGCAUGGGAGGAUACGACGCAAUGGAUACCACGAUAG